CUGUACCCGGAAGUUUGCUAUCAUUAUGGCUGCUAUUCCAAGCGACGCUCCUCAGCAUUGCCCUGGCACCGGCAGCGAGGAAGCUGGCAAAUCUUCAGCAUGUCAAGGAUGUCCGAACCAGGCGGUGUGUUCCUCCGGUGCCCCCAAAGCUCCAGAUCCUGCCAUAGAGGAGAUCAGGCAGAAGAUGUCAAGCGUGAAGCAUAAGAUCGUGGUUCUGUCCGGUAAAGGCGGCGUGGGAAAAAGCACGUUCAGUGCACACUUGGCUCAUGCUCUUGCUGCAGAUGAAUCCACAGAGGUGGCGCUGCUGGACGUGGACAUCUGUGGACCAUCCGUACCCAGAAUGAUGGGGCUGGAGGGAGAACAGGUUCAUCAGAGUGGCUCUGGCUGGUCUCCUGUGUAUGUAGAAGACAACCUGGCCGUCAUGUCCAUCGGGUUCCUGCUCAGCAGCCCUGAUGAUGCGGUGAUCUGGAGAGGACCGAAGAAGAACGGCAUGAUAAAGCAGUUCCUGAGAGAUGUGGACUGGGGCGAGCUAGACUACCUGAUAGUGGACACGCCCCCGGGAACCUCAGAUGAGCACCUGUCCGUGGUGCAGUACCUGAGUGGAGCAGGCAUCGAUGGAGCUGUUAUUAUCACUACACCACAGGAAGUCUCUCUCCAGGACGUACGGAAAGAGAUCAGAUUCUGCCAGAAGGUCAAGCUGCCCAUCAUCGGCGUGGUGGAGAACAUGAGCGGCUUCGUGUGUCCCAAGUGCAAGAACACGUCUCAGAUUUUCCCGCCGACCACGGGAGGGGCUCAGCGCAUGUGCGAGGACCUGAGGCUGCCCCUGCUGGGUCGAGUCCCUCUGGACCCACGGAUAGGCCGAUGCUGUGACGAGGGAAAGUCGUUCCUGAAUGAAGUGCCAGAUUCUCCAGCUGCUGCAGUGUAUUGUGCUAUUGUGCAGAGUAUAAAGGAUUAUUGUGCUUCCAGUUUGUCCUCAGACGAAAACCCGAAGGCCGAAAGCGCUGGACAGCAGCCUGUGGUACAAACAUCAACGUCGCAGUCAUUAUAAAAUUCCUGGACCCGAUUAAACGCAGGUUUUUUCACUGGAGCGUUAGUCACUGUUACGGUCUUCUGAUUUUUAUUUUUUUUUCUUUAAACAACUCUUCUGAGAACAGGGCUGAAAUCCGAAUUUGGAUUUUAAAUCAUUCUGAGUCAUUCCUGGUCAUGAAUGAAGUUCAGUGUUUCUUAAAUUUUCUCAAGAAUUUGUAGCAGUUUCAAACAUCCUGUUUUCUGUACUGACGUUUUCAAAGUAAAAGUGUGUAGCGGAGUCCGAUAACAGCUUUCCAAGUUCCUACAAACUAAAUUAACGGGUGGUUAAAUCUUCCUCUUUGUAAAAACAAGUGAGGAGUCAAGGAUAAAAUUUCAACAUCGAGGGGAUCUCCGUUUCUGAUCUGAUCAGAUGCUGGUUUUUUUUUCCCUCAUGCCUUUAUUCACACCAUGACCGGUCAUGUAUUCUCCAUUCUGAUUGGUCAGUUUCCACCGCGACGGCUGAUUUCACGUGACUUCUUUAGCAACAUUAUUUUUAAUAAUCAGAUUAAAAUGUGUGUCGUCAUGUCAUCAUUAUAAUUAUUCCAACAAUUAUGAAAGGAGUCUCCAGUGUCAGCACUUUUAUAAGUCAUUUAUUAAUAAAUCUAAAAAAUGUAAUUGUAACUUCUUGGAGGUGUAACUCUGUAAAUAACUAAAAUAAAUAAAUAACAUGUAC